CGUCCGCGAGCGGAAUUUCGCGUUGGAUGAUGUCGAGAUGACGAAAUCAAUCAAAUCCAAAAAGCUUCAACAUCCGGUCGAACCUGAUCCGACCGCAACCACAUCAUAUCGCCAAGCGAUAUGAAAAAAGGCCAAGAAGAACGCGGUAAAAGAUGAGAACACUGGGCAAGAAAUAAAAACGACAGCUUCGAUUACACACUGCCUCAUUCUACUCGAGUCGGGACGCAUUGGCCGACGCCUCAUCAACAUUAUUAAUUAAUCACCCUCUGAGGUGCCCUGAGCAAACCAGCCAACCAACCAACUCUACCGGCAAAGCUUCUAAUACCAUCUUCCAUCGUUCCUUUCUUCCCGCCCCAAACAGCGCUGCAAUCUGGUGUUUGGCACAAUCCGUCGCGUACUCGGAUUACGGAACGGCAAACAACACGCGGAAUGGAACAAGCCUCUGAAGGCCGGCCGACACUAAUCAUCUGCCGCAAAAAAUCGGCAAGGGCACAAAUUUAAUACGCCGUCGCUAGGCUUUAUCCCCCGUCCCGGUGCGUAUCGCUCACGGGGAGGAUUUCGGAGGGACUCGAUCCGGACUCUUGCUUCUUCUUCUAGCCUUCUGUCUCCCCCAAAAUCGACCUUCUAGUUUCUGUGUGUUUCGACUUUAGGCUAAAGCCUCCCUAAGAAAAACCUGUUACCGCACACAGCAACACACGGAACGGGACCAGAACACCCCGCCAAAAAAACAAGUAAGGUUUGUUAGCUGGCUGAAGACGACGGCGACGUUGACGCCCCCCCCCAUAUCUACUCUCGUCCCCGCGUGUCACAAAAGAGACAACAACGGCCGCAACCGUGAUCUGCGCGAAUGCAGUGAGGCGCAAGAUGCGCGAGAAGGAUCACUCACCGCGCAAGAUGUUGCCCAGUCCAAAGCAAGGCGCGGUCUAUCCGCUGCUCGGUCUCGGAUCCACCCUGCCGGCACCGUUCGAUCUCUCGCUCGUCAACCGGUCGUCCUCGUCGAAUCUGCUGCACCAGCAGCAGCAGCAACACCAGAGCCUCGCCGAGCAACCGCUCGAUCUGCGGGUGGAGCGCAAGAAGUCUUCGGCUGGCGGCGGCGGCGGCGGCACGUCCACCUCCACCUCGUCCGACGACGAGACGGAUCCGCCGCGGGCCAGCUCGACCGACAGCAAGCCCGGCAGCAAUGUGAUAUUCUUUAACGAUAACAACAACAACUCGAACAAUCUGAACAACAACCACAGCAAACCGUCCGAUAGUGAUAAGAGCCCGAGCCCUACCAACCACAACAACAACAACAACAACAGCUCGAAGUACACCAACAACAACCACAUCAACAUUAAGGACGAGUUCCGAAUAUCGAGCCUCGCGAACCACACCAACCCGAACGCCCUGUUUUCCGGACCGCCGGGCCUUAAUCCGCUCAUGCUGGAAGCGAUCGCCAAGGCGGGACUUCCUCUCCCGUACCGUGGGUCGUUUCUGCCACCUCGAUCCUCCUCCUCGUACAAUCUGCAGCGGUUAAAGGAACGGGAAGCACUCGCCGUCAGUCUAUCGCAGCUACGUCAGAGUGCGUCCAACAGUGGCGGUGGUGGGAAUGUCCUCAACAACAACAACGCCAACAUCAUCAACCACAACCUGCCGACCGGAGGUGCUGGCGGCGGUACGGCAGGCUCUCACGGCAAGAACAAGGAUCGGUACGCGUGCAAGUUCUGUGGCAAAGUGUUCCCGCGAUCGGCUAACCUGACGCGCCAUCUGCGUACCCACACGGGCGAACAGCCGUACAAAUGUCGGUACUGUGAGCGAUCGUUCAGCAUCUCCAGCAACCUGCAGAGACACGUGCGCAACAUCCACAACAAGGAGCGGCCGUUCAAGUGUGCGCUGUGUGAGCGAUGCUUCGGUCAGCAGACGAACCUGGACCGGCAUCUGAAGAAGCACGAAGCGGACGCAGCUGGCCUAGGCCUUGGACUGGACGAACGGCUGCGAGCGGCCCGGCGGAACAGUCGUGGCAUCCCGGAAGACUCUUACUUCGAGGAGAUACGAUCCUUCAUGGGGAAAGUGACUCAGUUACCGAUCCCGCUACGAUUGCAGCACCAGCAGCAACAGCAGCAGCAAUCACCUUCCUCUCAGUCAAACACCGCACGGGACAGUCCGUUCGGACGGCGACAAGCUCAACAGCAGCAGCAGCAGGAUGGACAAACCGAUACACACUCGUCCCGCAGCUCGACACCCUCGGACGAAGAGCCCGUCUCGCCGGCGGCAAGCCUCGGCAGCGUCCCGGACCAGGACAUCAAGAUGGAGACGAACAACAACGAGGACGGUGACGAACCCUUACAGGUCACCUGACCACCGGACGCACGCACACGUGUGGUCCCGCGGAUCUAGGGUGUACCUGCUGCUGCUGAUGAUGAUCAACGAUCACGAUCCAGAUGGUUCCUUCGACAGUAUUCGGCCACAGUACUAUCGCGCUGCUCGCACUUGCUUCGAGUGUGUGUGGUCACAGCCAACGUGUUUUGUUUUUACUACUACUACUACUACUACUACUACAACUACUAAACCCGCAAGGUACAAUCGAUCCUACAUCGUAGCGUAAGAAGUAUGGGGAAAAAAACCCUGGGCACUCGUUUGCCGGAUAUAGGGUGGGUUCGUUGCUAGUACCCUUUCGACUAGCACCUAAGUACCUUGUAUUCAGAAGGGUGGACUCGCAACAAGAGAUUCAGAUUACCAUUACCCAUUCGACCAUUACAGGUAGUGCGUUGCCGAAACGUUAUAGUAUUGCAGCGAGAGACGACCGACGAGAGAUUAUGAGAUUAGGAAUUAGGAAGGCACACUUAACACAACGCACAAACAGGCGUCUCUGCAAGUGACGGACACGGUGAUAAAAUACCCUGCUCGUUUGUAGUUUGUUAACAAAAAAUCUACUUGCCAUACCGAUCUUAUUUGCUCCCUGGAAAUCGACGUUUUAUAUGUUUUAUCGUGUUUAAUUAUUACUAUUAGCUACUCCCCAUAUUACCAUUUUAGCAUAGAACGAUUGACAGCUUGAUUGACAGCUACUGUUAUUGUGUAAAAAGCAACUGUGUUUAAAUGAUAAAAUUCCGCGUCCAGAUCUAAGCGAGAAAGUAAUCAUGGUACUCAAAAAACGAAAAGAAAUUGUAAGAACCAAAGCCAAAUGUAAAAUCUGCUCGCCUGAUCUGGAAAAAGUACGCCGAGGGAAGUAUAGUAGCGAAAUUUUUAACCUGUAGUGAAUAGUGGGGACGCUCGUAAGCUGACCAAACCUCCGAAUUGCUCCGGACACGAAAUAGGUUAGAACUGGCCGGACUAGCGAAGGUGCGUCCUUACAAAGUAAUGAUUAGUAGUGCAAGUGUUACAAGUAUUGUUGAGUUUUAGUUCUUCCUAGUUUGAUAGAUCGUUGCGUUGGAUAGUACCGUGCGUUCGAUGCACCGUGAGCUUAGCUUUGUUUGUUAAUUAGUUACUGUUAGCGAAUAUUGAAUUACCUAUUUUCCCGAAUUCCUCCCCUGCCCCGCAAAACCUUUCCCGGCAAGCGGCCAAACACAACAAUCGAACCAAGUUGCUCUAAUUAGGAUUGCCGCAAACAGCGGCAAGAAGAAAAUGGCGCACAAAAAACACCGACGCCAUCUGAUCUCCGAUAAGUGUAUGUCUGAUGUUAGGCAGUAGACUAGAGAUCGCACUCAACCCAGGAAGAUUCGGAGCGUGAUCAUAAAACGUUUGGAGGAGGGUUUUUAUCGCGCUAACUUACCUCUCGCGUAACUUCAAGAGCAUCACAGCUCGAACCAGGUACCGUUCGUGGUGGAUUUGUGUUUUCUUGGUAGCUGUGCGAUACAGCGCGUACGAUAAGCUGAUCGUGUCUUUCGACUGCAGCAGAAACAAACACAAAAAACCCGGUAGCCAUUAAACGUAGACCAGGUUGGAAUACAAAAGCGCAUUGAGGUAGCUUACCGAUUCCGGACAGCGAGAUGUGCGUCACCAGAUUCCGGUUGACAGAUAGGAGCAAGCGGUGGUUCGAUUGUCGUCUACGCGGAUCGCCGAUAGUCCGUGGCCUAGGGAAGCGAGAUUGGAAGACACACAUAUUUACAAUUAGAAAACCAAUUCCUACAUUACGCCACACGCACGCUGUUACAAAUUAGUUACCAAUUUAAUGAUGGACCAAGAUACCGGGCGAGAUUGUCUACGUCGAUAGGUCCCUACGGUUUCGCAUGAUCGGCACACUAUAGUUAAGAAGCUAAUACAAAGUGACUGGCAGAAGAAAGCCUGGAUCUUAAGCCCACAUAAACACGCACCAUCAACUCGUCUUCCACGUGGUCCUGCUACUUGAAGAAGCGGCAGGCAAAGCAGGUUGUUUUGUAAAGUAAUGUUUGUUUUAUUGUUGUCCUGAGAUGAUUUUAUCUGUUUUACACCGCUGUUUUUCUUGUACGUUUUUUUUUAUUAGUCCAAAUAUACACACACACGCGAAACGUCGUCGCGAAAGUAAGAGCAGUAAAAAGCGAGAAGAAACAGAUGAAUGCAGAGCGACCAAGUCCAUCGAUGAUGGCGAUGUGGUAGAAAUAAAGCGAAACUAAAUAGCACACUAAUCAUCAUAGUUAAACAAACGCAACGCGAAACGCGACUCAAUAAAGGGAAACAAAACACGACGCGCACUCACCAACUUAACAGAUAGGGAGGUUACUUUACGCCAUCUUUCUUUUUUUACCAUCACACGCUGUAGUGUGUGUGUGUGUUCCUUUUGUAAGAUUUUAUUUGUAUUCCCCGUUACCUUCUCUUAGUUUACUACUCUUAGCCAUUUCUUUUAGUGUUUCUCUCUUAGUUAUUUGAUUUGACUUCCAUCUUGUUCUUGUCCACCAAGUAACAAACACAUCAUCAAACCGCGCGACCUACACAAUUAAUUACCCGCAACCAUUAUUACUAUUAUAACUACAAGUACUUUUUUUUUGUGUCUCUUUAAGCCGUAAGAAAACUCAAAAACAACAAAUCAUACAAACAAAAAAGGACAAAACACCACACAAGCUUUAGUUAGUAAGCUACUCUUUCUUUUUUGUACAUGUAUUUAGAAACCUAUUACCGUUAUAAUUGUAGUGAAUGUGAGUAUCAAGCGAGAAUAAAUAUCAUGCACAAAUAGAUUGAAAAAGCAAAA